AUGAUCAACGCAAUGACAAAGACGGAGGCAGCUCUACCGUCUCCAGUUUUGCAUAUUCGGUCAUUGCCGGCAGACAUCACUGAAAAAGAGGUCCUAACUCUCGCUAUUCCAUUUGGCUUACUUGAGAACGCUCUUGUGACCAAAACUGGCCAGGCGAUGCUUGAGUUCCAGCAACAGGAAAGCGCCACAAGUAUGCUCAAUUACUACACCCUCUACUCACCGCCUGUGAUUCGCGGCGCACACACUGUCAUCUUGCAGUACUCCAAGUACCCACACUUGACAAUGACCACGAGACGACCCGGCCUGGCAGAGACCAUCGAGGGUGUGAACAGGGCACAUGUGUCCCUUGUGUCACCUUCUUCGUCAAUCAGCAGCUCGCGCAAAGUUCUGCGAGUGCAAGUCGACCAGCCGCUCACUACACCGCUUGGCUACAUGCCAUUUUACCAAGCCCUGUAUCGUUUCGGUCAAAUCCUCCGCAUCGUUACUUUCAAAAGUGGUUCCAGUCCACAGGCCUUCGUUGAGUUUGCUCAAACUGCUUCGACGGACGUCGCGAAACACCAACUAGACGGCUGGCCGUUUGUCGCUGGGGGUAUCUGCCGGACCAAUUACUCUCACAUGGAGACGCUGGAGGUGCAUCAGGAGAGUCAGUACUGCCGUGACUUCGUCAAGAAUCCGAUAUUCUCGCACAAGGAUCCGUCCGACCGGCAUCUGGCGACGGCAUUAAUGGGGACACAGCCGCUGCUACCCACUCCAGUCCUAUCCAUGUCUGACGACAUGACGGGGAACGCGUCGACAUCUCAAGUCCAAUCCACCACUUCUUCGAACUCGUUGAACCUACCGUCGGCACAGCAGAUGGCCUCGCUUGACAUACCAACACUCACCUCAUUCGCAAAUGAGGUGAUUCAAGCCAUAAUCCUUGUCGUAUCUGGACAGGGUGGUUCCAGUUUGCCUGAUGCUCCAAGUCAACAGCAAUUGCAAACCCAGGUUGCCAGCAUCCAGCAACUGCUUCCACUGGUCCAGAUCGCCUCCGCCGCCGCCGCAGCCUCCAGCAACUGCACCGCCGCCAAUAAGGGUCUCGUCCAGUUGACGGGUGGCGGCAGUUGCGCCAGCACUAUUACGCCACAACUCGUUGACCAAAUAACGAACCUUCCCACAAUCUCCACUUCCCUCAUGGCCUCGCCGGUUCUGCUUGUAACUCAACUAAACGCAGAGCCCAAUCUUGUAGUUGCUCGUCGCACACAUUUGGUCCUUCCCUGUCUUCUCCUAGGUGUCUAUGGCGACGUGCAGCGGGUGAAAAUCCUCUUCAACAAAAAGGACUCUGCUCUCGUCCAGUUCUCCGAUGCGAAUCAGGCAAGUCUCGCGCUUCAACACCUCAAUGGUAUUCCCCUCCUCGGCAGCAACAUCCGCUGUCACCGGUCGAAGCACCUAAGCGUGACGAUUGGCGCCGAUAGCAGCAGCAGCGGCGGCGGCGGCGCUGGUGAAGCGAGUUUGACCCGCGACUACUCGGGCAGUCGGCUGCAUCGUUUUCGGAAUGCGAACUCCCGCAACUACCAGAACAUCUGCGCCCCCAACACCGUCCUCCACGUCUCCGGAAUGCCCGAAGAUGCAACGGAGGAGGAGCUGACGGAGCUCUUCACCAAGCACUCAGGUGUGGCACCGGUCUCCACGAAGUUUAUGGAGUAA